AUAUUCAUCGUGUUUAGCUGAAAUGUAGUCAAUUAUUCCGGUGCAAGGACUAACUCGUACAACGCACACACAAAUCAUUUAUGAGGAGAUUCAAACGUGACUUUAGCAGAGCUCUGCAGCCAUGUCCACUAACACUGAGGAGAGGAGCAGCUCUGCAGCCAGGUGCUUCGGACAGUACACGUACACAGCCGAGGAGCACCAGGCGGUGCACAAAGCUCUGCGACAGAAGCUGGGACCAGAGUUCAUCAGUACCAGAAUGGCCGGAGGAGGACAGAGGGUGUGCUAUAUUGAAGGGCAUCGUGUAAUCAGCCUGGCCAAUGAGAUGUUUGGUUACAACGGAUGGUCUCACUCCAUCUCUCAGCAGAAUGUCGACUUUGUGGACCUCAUGAACGGGAAGUUUUAUGUCGGAGUGAGUGCGUUUGUCAAAGUGCAGCUGAAGGACGGGUCGUAUCAUGAGGACGUUGGUUAUGGAGUCAGUGAAGGACUGAAGUCUAAAGCUCUGUCGCUUGAAAAGGCGAGAAAGGAGGCCGUCACGGACGGCAUGAAGAGAGCACUAAAGUGCUUCGGUAACGCUCUUGGAAACUGCAUCAUGGAUAAAGAAUACCUCCUCGCCAUUAACAAGAUCCCCAAACAGACUCCGGCUCCUCUGAACCCGGCCCAGACGAAGCGCUCUGAAGGGGAGCCGUCAGUAGAGAAGGCUCGGAUCUCCGGUCUGGUCCAGCAGGAAAAGCUCGUGUCUGUGGUGGGUCCUGGUAGGACGCCGCUGGAGCCCAGAGUCCUCAACCAGGACCAGAACUGUUCAGAAGUUCAUACCCCGAAUGCUGCUGUCCCCGCUGACAGGAGCGAGAACAUCCACUCCAGACCUGUCAUGGACUCAGUGGAUGCUGGUGGGUCUGAAGUGCACACGGACCCAAAACAGCUGAGAAAGCUCCGACAGCAGCAGCUUCAGCAGAAGUUCAGGAGAGAGAUGGAGGCUAAGAAGCUGCAGCAGAAAUCGGAUCAAGCCAAGUCUGAGGACACGGAGACUGCUCUCAGACGAGGGUCCAGCGGGAGUACGGGUCAUGAAGGUUUACCUGCGUUUAAAGACGGCGCCUCAGCUGGACACAGGGACCCCGACAGCAGGGACGAGCAUUUAGCAGAUGAUCUCGAGCUCUGGGAUUUCACUCUGGAUGGGACUGAGGUGCUGGAUGUCCCCGCAGGUGGUCCACCCUUGAGGCGGCCCAACACGCCCAGGAAUCACCAGAUGCAGACGCGCAGUAGGACCCCUCAGAGAGUCCCGGGCAGACCCCCAGAUGAGGCUCCUUCAUACAGCGGAGGACACGACCGGGCUCAGGACAGACCUCAACAUCAGAAGCAGCAUCAGACCAGACCAGGUGAAGCCUGCAGUCCGUACAGACAAGGACAGUACCUGAAGAAACGUCGACUGGACACCUGAGAUUUCGUGUUGCUGUUCCACAACUUCUUCAGUGCUUUAUGGAACCGAUUUUUUACUUUAGUUUUUAUAUUUAUUUUGGUGUUUACAUUGAUUAAGUUUAUUUUGAAGUUAAUUGCUGCUAUUUCUGAUUAUUACAGAACCAUUAUGUCUGGAUUUGUAUAAAAUAAAACAUA